AGAGUACAUACAUAACAGAUAACGUGAUUAAAAAAAUACUAUAUAAUUAAUGUAUACCAGCCUAUAUAUGCCAAAAUACGAAAUAGAUUUUUUUCAUUUUGUCUUCAAAAUAAGGGUAAAAAAUUAUUGUUUCACUAAUAAAACAGUCCCUAUUUGUAACGUAAAUUACUGAAAUGCAAGACAAUUCCUCGAACGAUGAUGAAACUAAGGAUUCUCCGUUGAGUCCUAAAUUAGGUGGAAAAAAACUGAAACUGAACGACGGCAGUUCACAAGACAGUAACAACGAAACUGCAUCUGGGAGUAAAAUUGUAAAGGAAGAAAACGUGGACAGCGGGGUAUCAGCUGAUAAGUCCGAAAGUACGAGUAGUGACGCUGCUGCUGCCGAAGUGCCCUUGAAUGAGGUCGUAACGAUCGCUCCGUCGAGCAGCAAUGUCCGCGCUAUACUCCUCAACAUUAGACAUCCGCGGCGCGCUAGGAACUAUAGAAAACGCAAGACUCCAGACAGGGAGUCAGGCAGUGAUUCCUCGAGAGAUUCAGAUGAUCUCUCCACCGAGGAAGCUGAAAACAUUCCAUUGUCAUUGGAUACAACUGAUGGGGAUGCAGCAACGGAUUUUUCCAAUGGAUCAUCUAGUGAGAGCGGCCUGGACACAUCAUCAAACAGCAGCUACCACAGUGAUGAUCAGCUGAACACGGUGGACACAGACAGCGAUGACCCACUGUGGUCUAGGAAUGAAGAGGACGGGGAAGAGUUGACUGGGAAACCACCUCCCGUGCUGCUCAAGACACGUCCCAAACACACAUAUAUAAUGUUAAGAGAAAUAAUCAAUAGAGAAAUGGGGCUGACAUUUCCAUGCGGCAAAACAACACAGAAUGAUGUGAUAUUUGAACAGAACUUCUACGGAUCACUACAUGCCGUGUACAGACUGGAGAAACUACAUAACCUGCUGAAACAUAGAGGCUGUGUCAACUCUAUCAACUUUCAUCCGGAAGGGCGUCUCCUCGCCUCCGGCUCCGAUGAUAUGAAUGUCGUUGUAUGGGAUUGGGCCAAAAGAACUCCCGUACAGACGGUCAAGACCGGCCACAAGUCCAAUGUGUUUCAGAGUAAAUUUUUAUAUUUGAAUGCUCAGAGUCAACUCAAUAUUGCGACAUGUGCCAGGGAUGGUCAGGUCCGCCUGGUGCAGGUGGGCGGCGGAGGCUCCUGCCGGCGACGCCUGGCAGCCCACGCCCGCCCCGCUCACAAGCUCGCGGUGUGGCCCUCGGACCCUCACCUGGUGCUGUCCGCCGGCGAGGACGGGCUGGUGCUGUGCGCCGACGUCAGAGACGACCAUCCCACCAAAAUGAUCCACGCCAAGACUGCCGCGGGCGGUUCAGUGUCUCUGUACAGCGUGGCGGUGCACCCUCGCUGGCGGCACGAGGUGCUGGUGGCGGGCCGGGACAAGUUCCUCCGGGUGUACGACGCCCGGCGCCCCCAGCAGCCCCUGGCGCUGUACUGGCCGGGACAUUUCAGAGAUGAAAACACUAACGAGGGUAAAUGGUCUCAACGCAAGAGGUUCUCGAUGCACCUGACCUGCGCCGUCUACAACCACGACGGCACCGAGAUACUCGGAUCAUACAACGACGAGGACAUCUAUCUGUUUAACGCCAAAAACGAUAUCUAUGAAGGCACAGAUGAUACCAAGGACGGGUACACUCACAGGUACAGCGGCCACCGGAACAGUGUCACUUACAAGAGCGUCGCUUUCUUCGGUCCGAAGAGUGAGUACAUUGUGUCAGGGUCGGACUGUUCCAACAUUUAUAUUUGGGAGAAAAACUCUGAGGCUAUAGUGCAGUGGAUGAAGGGGGACUCGCACGGUGCUGUGAACUGUAUUGAAACUCACCCCCGGUUCCCGGUCAUGGCCACCAGUGGCCUGGACAUAGACGUCAAGAUAUGGAUACCCAAGAGAGACUCUGAUCCCACAUACGAAGGGAUAGAAAAAGUGGUGAGAAAGAACAGCGUGACGCCUCACAGCCGUCUGUUCAACGAUUUUUUACCUACACUCUUUAGCGCGUGGCGCCACGAGAACAGAAUGUACAGCGACAAUGACGUCAUCCCCACCUACGGGUCCAACAUCGAGUUCGACGGGAACGUCUGCACGCCCUUCUAGACGCGGCCGGGCCGGCGGCGAUCAGUAGACUAUAGUCGGCGGACUCCACACACUAGACUAAGUGUAUACCAUACGUGCGAACUGCCUGUACUCAGUCAGACGACGCGAACUCGUGCCUAGGAUACGGUCGCGCCAGGCGACACCCGCGAACACGUCUGCAUGCCAACCAGGACCUCGCAAGUGUUGUGUUCGAGAUGAACUCCCUUUAGAACUCGCACGACACACGAUACAUCCCACACGGCUGAAGUUAACUUUACAUAGUCUGUAAAGCGAAUGUACAUUUUAAAAAUAUAUUUUGAACAUUUUGUUUUCGAGAAUAGAUUAGAUUACUGCAUGUUUUAUUUUUACUGUAGGAGAAAGAUUUUUGGGAGACAUGUAAUGACAAGAUGUAUUGUUUUGUUUGUCAACAUUAUACGGUUAAAUGUUAUGGAGCAACUAUGUUUUCGUAUUUUUUUUAAUAUCGUUUAAAUUGAUUGCGAAAAACUAUGUUUCCACCAAGUAACCGUUAUUAAGUUGCAAGACAGAAUAAGUAUGGCGGAUAUUAUAAUUGUUUUGUUUUUUAAUAACGUAUGUAUGUACGCAGCCCAAGCCUGUGAUGUCGGUUUGUGAUAUCUUAUUCUGUACACUCAAUAUUUAUUUUAUAGGGUUGUUAUAUGUUAAAAUCAAUAAUCUAUGUCUACUCAACUAGAUCCUUCGAGAAUGUUCUACAGCGGCAUUUGACUGUUGGGAACAGUUUGUUUUUGUUAGUUUAGGCAUAGUGAAGCCUUUCAACCAAUAGUUAUUUAUUUUCCACAAUAAAUGUAAUGUAUGUAAAUAAAAAUAGUAAAAUUAUUUUGAAAUUUUCAA